CUGCCGAGGUUUUCUGAGAGGCUCGUCGCCCGUCCCCCAAUUCCCUGAGGGGAAGCGGGGGCCAACGGCUGCCCGGCCGCCCCCGGGGGGGCUGGAGGGGCCCGGCCCGGUCCCUCAGAGGCUGAUGGAGGGAUACGAGGUAGUGGAGCAGCUGCGGCCCGGGGCGCUGGGCACAAUGCUGGUAGUUGAAUCAAAAGGAAAAAGGAGUGAGAGGAAGAAAUAUGUAAUAAAGCAGGUUGAAUGCACUGAAGUAAUACAAGCAAACACGGCCUUGAAGGAGGCAAUGGAUUUGCUAAAACUUCAUCAUUCAAACAUCUGUACUUACAAGGAGUUGUUUGUGACUUGGAAUAAUGAGAUACCAUCUCUGUUCCUUUGUCUGGUAAUGCAGCACUCAGGCCAAGAAGAUCUUUCAUCUCUGAUCAACACAAAAAGGCAGAAGUCAGAGAAAAUAGCAGACAUGCAGGUGAUGGUGAAGUUCCUGGGACAGAUGGCGGAUGCUUUGUUUUAUAUACACAACCAAAACAUUUUGCAUAGAAAUCUCAAGCCAUCAAACAUUCUUGUGACUGGUGAAGAUUCCUUCAUGCUUUGCGACUUCAGUACAGAAACACUUAUGACUGAUGAAGCAAAAUGGAAAAUAAGAGUGGAAGAAAAUAGCAAGGCUUGGAUGGCUCCGGAAACAUUCAAUUUUUGUUUCAGUGAGAAAUCAGACAUCUGGUCUCUAGGCUGUAUUCUACUUGACAUGAUCACCUGCUUCAUUCUGAAUACGGAAGAGAUCACUUCAUUGCUGCAGGAUCUCAGGCGCAAUACCAGCCGUCUUGAGGGAGUUCUGCCACUGAUGGAAAAUGGAGAUAACAGCUCUUUGCCUUUAUUCCCAAUUCUAUUUAUGAUGCUACAGAUUCAGCCCAGCAUGAGACCCACAGCAAAGGAUCUGACUGAAGUUCCAUUUGUUGGGGAAUGCCUGAUUGUUGCUGGUUCCUCAUUAAUAAAACAGAAAAAGUCUUUGUCUCCCUGUAUAAUAGAUGUGCUCCUUGAGGGAGGAAUCGAAAAUGUUCUAGAAUUCAUGCAGGCUUUCUGGGAUGUAGAAGAAGCACAGGCUAGAGCCAUGCAGCGCCUUGCCAGCUUUGUAGGAGAUGGAAGUGCCUCGCCCUAUCUGCCAAAAUUCACAGAAUUGAUCACUUUUGCAAUGAAGGCUCAUAUAGAUUCCCUCAAGUUACAAGUACAUGGUUGCAAUUUAUUGAUGGAAAUUCUUACUCAAGCUCUAGAACAGGAUGUGGUGAUGACCCUGGAUGAGAAUGUGACCAUUUCUCUGUUAGAGAUAGUGAGAAAACACUCUGAAAAUGAAGAGCUUCUUUCAUUGAUCUGCAUGUUACUGAUGAUGAUUUCAGCCAGCGAAAUUGCAGCAGAGAAUCUAAAGAAAGCUGGAUUAAUUUCAGACCUUCUGUCAAUUUUAAAAAAUUUUCUUCAUAAUGAACAGAUCUGCCUCUCCACCUGUGCAGUUCUCUGGAGCUUGGCUGUGAGCGAGAAUAACGUGGACCAAGCGUUGCUGAAAAGUGCUGUCCCCGUUACCACUGCGGUCAUUCAGGAGCACCUCCAGAAUGGAGCAGUUACAGAAUCAGCUUGCUCAGCUCUGUGGGCAUUGUCACUCCAAGGUUGCUUAACUGAAAAUGACUAUGAGCCCACAGCAGUGGUUCUGCUGGAGGCACUUAGGAUGAACCUGAAAAGAGCUGUCCUGGUGAAGAAUGCCUGCCUGGCAUUAGCAAGCCUUCUAAGGCUAUCUGAAUUAUCAGCUUUCAGAUUUAUAACGGAUUCAAAAGGCAGUGGAAUAAACCUGAUCAAAGAGGCCUACCACUUUCACUGUGAUGAUCCAGAAGUGGUGGAAAAUAUCUGUAUGCUGAUUAAUGAGAUGGUUCAGUAUGAUGACAUUGUGCUGGAUAUGGCGUCCCAGAAAAUGAAAGAACUGCUGUCUGAAAUCAAAAGCCGUUUUCCAUCUAGCACGGAGAUAAUGACCCUUGUGGAUACAGCACUUGUGAAACUGCAAAAGUGUACAGUCUCAUAGCUGCUUGCGCAUCCUGAACCUAAAAGAAAACAGAACAUACAGAAGGCUUAACAAAACAUGGCUGAUAUGGUUGAAUAGCAUUUAUUGUUAAUAAACAGCUACAUCUCCCAUCAUCUUAAUUAAUAAAUCCCUUCAAGUAACACUUCAUAAUCUCCUUCCAGAUCUAGAAGCCCUAGUGUGACUAGUGGAGGGGAAUGAACAUGUAUGGCCCACCAUGAUGCUAUGCACUUCCUUCUCUGACCGUGACUUGGAAAACCAUUAUGGAAAAAUGAUCUUGGAAGUACCUUCAAAAUUUGCUCUGCUUUUUCAGUUCAUCCCUCUGUUGUACCUCCAUUCUUUCAGUGGAUAAGAGAAUAUCUACUGAGAAUAGGCUCUUGCUCUUUUAUCUAACCUGCCAUCAGUGCAGAAUGCUGCUUUUAAACUAAGCAGUUGAUACUUGGGAUUUUACUUUUUUUUUUUUCUUUUUUGUUACUAAGUAUCUUAAAUUAGUAAGAAUUAGUAUUUAAACAAAAUACAGUUGACUUGUGCAAAAGAAGUUUAUGAAAGUAAGGAAAUAAUCCAAAUGGUAUGAGGCACAAAACAGUACGCGAGCUUAGAUGGCGGUCUUAUUAUGUGAUGGUGUCCAAGCAGAGCUUGCUAACUUUCAUUGAGAGGACAGAAUGAAGCCACAGGAUUCUCAGCUGAAUCCUGAUCCUAGAGCUGAUGUGUACUAUUUUACUGAUCUACCCAAAAAUGUAUGUUCUGAAGAGAUACAUACCGAGCUGUGCUCUGAUGUCUGCACUUGAACAUCUAGCAGUCUUUCACAGAGCAGCUUCAAUGAUGGCCGUGCAGACUGGAAAUAAAAAAGAUUGAAUCAUGCUGUCUCACACGCUUGAAAUGUAUAGAUGUGUGUA